AUGGCAAAAGCCUGGGGGAGUGCUCCCCCUCCGUCUACGCACGACCUCUCCCCCAACCUGCUUCCCGACGUCGCCGCCUCAGGCCGCCUAUCGGCUCCCCGGCGGGCCGCGGCCACUUCCCCGCUACAGCCAGGAGCGAGGCCACCGAAGGGGGGGGCGGGGCGAGUCCCCGCCGCCGCUCACCUGCCGGGGCCACGGGCGCUGAGGCUGCGGUUGCGGGCCAGCCGCCUGUGCUCGCGUCCACGCAAGCCACCUGCGCCACCAGCUGCCGCAGAGGCGUCUCAACGGCUCGGAAUGGCAACCGCCGCCGCCGCUACCGCCGCCGUCGCUGCGCUGCUCCCGCGCGGCUCCCGCUCGGCGCCCGCUAGCACUGGGGCGGAACCAACUUCUCCCCGAGGAGAGGGGGGACAGCACAACUCCCGCCUGAGGGGUGCGGCGCCCAAGCAGAAUAUCAGACUCGCUAUGGCCCCAGGUCCUUGCUACCAAGAUGUCCAGCAGAAGAAGGAUCAGCAAAAAGGAUUGGGACCAUUUAAAGCCUACUCAGUGCAGAUUGCAACCCUGGUGUGUUUGUGGCCAACACUAUCAAGGAGUUCGUCAUUAGAAACAUGGUGGAGUCUCUAGUCAUCAGGCCAGUUUGCAAGUGCCUGAUGAAGUGUAUGAGCUUCCCAAAUUGUAUUGUGUAUUGUGCCUUUCACAGCAAGGCAGACAGGAAGUUCUCCUCAAACCUCCUGAAAGACCAAGCCCUUUCUCCCCCCCAAUUUAGACCUCUGGGUAAUGCCCCAUGACUUCUGCCAAAGCCCAUGUGAAGGAGCUAAGAUCCCAAGGACAGAAGAAAAAUUAUCCUCUGGGGAAAAAUAAAAUAGAAAUUUUACUUUAUGUAGCAUGUUUGUAUUGUUGCCAGAGAGAAUGGGGGUUGUGUAUGCCAUAUGGAUUGUGAUUACUUUAUACAACACAGUCUUUUUAAGGGGGAGACAGCUUGUCCAUGAAAAAUAACCUUGAAUUUCUGAAAACAAAACCAAAAUAAUUUCUUCUUUUUCCCACUGGG